UUUGCGUACUCCUCGCUCAGAAGGGACCUGCCCGACUCAAUGUUCACAUGCGACGUCCUUUCGAAGGCAAAGGCGACCACGACCAGGCGCGGAGUCCGCCCCUCACCACUGCCGAGCCGACGCGGCGCGCGGGCCUCAGCCGCUGUACUCUGCGAGGUGCAGCCUCUUCGAGUGCCCGCCCAGGACGUGGAGGCACUCGCAGCUGCGCGAGCACCAAAUCCUCGCGGUGCCGUCGUCCGACGCCGUGACCACCGCGGAGCCGUCCGGCGAGAAGGACGCGGCAUUCAGGGCCCUGCCUUGGGAACCCACGCCGGGACCCCCGCGCAGGUGCCGUCGCGCACCCGCCAGAGCCUGGCCGUCCGGUCGUCGGAGGCAGAGACGGCCAGCAGCCCGUCGGGGGAGAAGGCAGCGGACACCACCGCGCCGGCGUGGCCCUCCAGCGAGUGCAGGCAGGCGCCGUCAGCCAGGCGCCAGAUGCGCACGACGCCGUCGAAGGAGGCGGUGAUAGCCAGGCUGCCUGCGGGGCAGAAGGCAGCUGAGAAGACGGGGCCGCCGCGGUCUCUCGGGUCCUCGAGCGUCCGCUCGCACGCGCCGGUGGCCGCGCACCACAGGCGCACCGUGCGGUCGUCCGAAGAAUCGGAGGUGAGCACUUUAGCGCAGUCUGGAGAGAAGGCAGCGGAGUUGAGUGCGUAGAGGUGGCCCACGAAGGAUUGCAGGCGGCACCCGUCGCGGGCCCUCCACAGGAUGGCCGUGCCGUCGGCGCCGGUGGACAAGACCAGGGAGCCGUCCGAGGAGAAGCAAGCAGACCUUACGCGCUGGGAGUGGCCCUCGAGGCGCUGGACAGAGGAGUCAAAGACAGCACAAGCAUGAGCUUUCGAAAACCCGCGCGGGUUUCUCGGAUCUGCGCCGAGCUCCCGCAGCCGGAGCGCGCCAGGAGCGGCGCCAUCCACAACCCUUUUAGCUUAGGUAGCACUGCUGCCACCACGCGAUAUCUGCUCACGGGCUGCACGAUCGGCAUGUAUUCGCUGAUUUGUCCACCGCUACACUCAGUAUGAGCUCGACCACGAG